CUGCUGAUGUUUGGCCACACAUCAGGCUAAUCUAGACAGAGCCUGGAUAUCAUCUUGCUUUCAAAGUCUUGGAAGCAUUUUUGCCAAACAUUACAUUUUAGUGAAUGAAAUCUUUAUCCUGUUGAAGUCAGAAAGGGAUGGGUGAAUGACAUUUAUUACAUGUUUAAGACUGUAACAACAAGAGCCAAGCUUUUCACCUGAAGUUAGCAUGCAGCUGUUUUUUUUUGUUGUAGAUUUUUCACCUUGGCAUUUAAAACCCUGUUGUUUUUCAGGUAGAUCUGAUGUAAUCUUCUUACAAAAGGCUAUGUGCUGUGCCUCUUUGCCGCACAAGAUUCGAGUUUCAUACACAAACACAACCCUACCUGUAACCAAAGCCACCCUCCUUGCAUUGUUUUUGCAACAGCGUCUGUAGUUAAUAUUUUGUUCUGCCUUCCUCUUAGUGAAGGUACAGUCUGUACAAGCAGAGAGAAAUUUUGCUGGUGUUUCAGACGUUUGUUACUGAAUUGUUGCAUUUGCGUUACUGUAAAUUUUGAAUCGGAGUUGGUGACCGGAGUUUUUGCCCAAAUGGAAACAAGCAGAAUGUGUAACCUGGUGGGCAUCAAGACGAUGCAGACGAGCGGAGAAUCUCAAAACACAAAGAUCCAGUUUGCGGACCAGAAACAGGAGUUCAACAAGCGUCCCUCCAAGAUUGGUCGACGUUCCCUGUCCCGCUCCAUCUCCCAGUCCUCCACAGACAGCUACAGCUCAGCGGCAUCAUACACGGACAGCUCUGAUGAUGAGACGUCUCCCCGGGACAAACAGCAGAAGAAUUCAAAGGGUAACGCAGACUUCUGCAUCAAAAACAUCAAACAGGCCGACUUUGGACGCAGAGAGAUCGAGAUUGCAGAGCAAGAGAUGCCAGCUCUGAUGGCUCUGAGGAAGCGAGCCCAGGGAGAGAAACCCCUCGCCGGUGCCAAAGUGGUGGGCUGCACCCACAUCACUGCCCAGACUGCUGUCCUCAUGGAGACUCUGGCAGCUUUGGGGGCUCAGUGCAGAUGGGCAGCCUGCAACAUCUACUCCACCCAGAAUGAAGUGGCAGCUGCCUUGGCAGAGGGAGGUUUCAGUGUAUUUGCAUGGAAGGGUGAAUCAGAGGACGACUUCUGGUGGUGCAUCGAUCGCUGUGUUAACGUGGAAGGCUGGCAACCCAACAUGAUCCUGGAUGACGGUGGAGACCUGACUCACUGGAUCUAUAAAAAAUACCCCAACAUGUUCAAGAAGAUCAAGGGCAUUGUAGAGGAGAGUGUUACCGGCGUGCACAGGUUGUACCAGCUGUCUAAGGCAGGAAAGCUGUGUGUUCCUGCCAUGAACGUCAACGACUCUGUGACAAAGCAGAAGUUUGACAACCUCUACUGCUGCAGGGAGUCCAUCUUAGACGGCCUGAAGAGGACCACCGAUGUCAUGUUUGGAGGCAAGCAGGUGGUGGUGUGUGGAUACGGAGAGGUGGGAAAAGGCUGCUGUGCCGCCCUCAAAGCAAUGGGCUCCAUCGUCUACGUCACAGAGAUCGACCCGAUUUGUGCCUUGCAAGCCUGUAUGGACGGUUUCCGGCUGGUGAAACUGAAUGAAGUCAUCAGACAAGUGGACAUCGUCAUUACCUGCACAGGCAAUAAGAACGUGGUGGUGAGAGAGAACCUCGACCGCAUGAAGAAUGGCUGCAUUGUGUGCAACAUGGGACACUCCAACACCGAGAUCGAUGUGGCAAGCCUGCGGACUCCUGAGCUGACCUGGGAGAGAGUGCGCUCUCAGGUGGACCACGUCAUCUGGCCUGACGGCAAGAGGAUAGUGCUGCUGGCUGAGGGUCGCCUGCUGAACCUCAGCUGUUCCACUGUGCCCACUUUUGUCCUCUCCAUCACCGCCACUACCCAGGCUCUGGCUCUGAUAGAGCUGUACAAUGCUCCAGAGGGACGCUACAAACAGGAUGUUUACCUGCUGCCCAAGAAGAUGGAUGAGUAUGUGGCCAGCCUACAUCUCCCAACAUUCGAUGCACAUCUUACAGAGCUGACUGAUGAGCAGGCCAAGUAUCUGGGCUUGAACAAGAACGGUCCCUUCAAGCCAAACUACUAUAGGUAUUAAACCAGUGUUAAGGCUGGACUGAAGAAAUACAAAUACUCCAUGAAUGGCACAGACUCAGAGGGAGAGGAGGAGGACAGAAGGAAGCGAUGGACAGAAUAGUCAACAUACCUGCUUUAUAUUCCGGGGGUUGGGGGGGAGUUGCUCUCACCGAGCCUGAGGGGGAGAAGAGGGGACGGAGGGGCGUGGCUUUCCCUGCGCUUAUGGCAGUCGUUUUAUUUAUUCACGCUCAACAACCACAAUGAUAACAUUAACUCUGCCAUUUGCCAUUAGCUAGCUCCCCAACGUUGUCUUACAGAAGAUGUUUUACUUCCCUUCAACUCGUCAUUUCACCACUGUUCUCUAUUUAGAUGCUCAUUUGUCUGUCGAGUUGUAUGUAAAUCCUCCAUCCUCCUUUCCGAUCACCAGAUCUUUUAUUGUUUAACUAUUAAAGAUAAGAUUAUUAAUGCUAAAAAGAUAUAUACUAUAUAGAAAUCAAUUAAAAAAAAAAUCUGUGUGAAUGAAGAUGACCUUUGAAGAUUUAGUGACAGACUUUUUCUCCUGUCCUUCUUUUUUGUUGUUGUUGUUGUUGUCUAUUUCUUUUCUACUUGUGAUUAUAUUUUGUUUUUCUCUUCUGUAAUAUUCCGAGGUUGGGGGAUUAGACCUAGUUGGGAGGGGGUUAGGCGGGAUCUCAGGGUCCAAUCAUGUCAUGUCUUUUAUUUGACGGUUUCACUGAGAUUCAUCGUUUUGUCUGUUUUUAAACAUCUUUUUAUGCGUUCGUUCCCUUCGGAUCAGCCUGUAGUUUGUCAUAACUUGUUUUUUUUUUUUUCUUUUUCUUUUUUUUCUUUUUAAGAAUAAGACUGGAUGGUGACCGGUUCUUCCCACCUGUCAUUGAAAGCCACAUCUCAUUGGCUGCUUUUUUUCUGAGCUUCCAGCUGCUCACGUGGCACCAGUGUUGAAGUAAUGAAAAGUAUUUGAAGCUUGUGAGAGCCUUUUCAUUUUGUCUUUCCCUUUAACAAGAAUAACUAUACUGUAUUAGAAUCAUGCAGGUUGUCAGAUCAUCACAAGGGGUGUACUGUAUAUUUAGAUAUUUAUAUUGAAAUUAAAAUUUUUCUAUCUUUUUCUCACCUGCACCAUAUAAUAUCAUAACUUUUUGACAGAAAAAAAUCAACAUGUCAUAAAGAUAAGCAAUUAAAUGUAAUAAUAACAAGUGUAAUAAAUGUACUUAAACCCUCAUUUUAAAUACUGUGACAAAAUCUUUACAGAGAUACCAAAUGUGCAGUUGCUGCCAGGCCGGUACUAAUAUCUUCAAUCAGGUCCUCAUUUAAAAGUAUGGUGCUGUUAAGAUUUACUGUACUUACCGUAUACACAACUCUUUGAUACUAAUUAUAUUCAAGGGAUGCGGCUUAAAAGUAAAAUCUGCAAUUGAUUUAUUUUCUGUACAUCCAAGUAACACAUUUUCUCCAAAUUCAUGGGAUUUUUCACCAUCGGAUCUCCAAACUUGCUCUCCCUGUUAUGUUUCAUUUUCUUCUUCCCCACCUCAACGUCUUAGUUUCUGCCAGCAUAAUGAGCUGCAGUCACCAUCUUGGGUGUCUUGUCCCCAGCUGACCUGACUGCGGAAAUUACAAAGUCCUGACGGUCAUUUCACCUGACAGCUAGUGCACCCCACUGCUAUACUGGCUCCGCACCUGAUCCAGUCGUAUUCUCCGUUAACCUGCAGGGAGACGCUGCCAGCUCUGUUCUCACAGAGAAGGCUCAAAUAUUUAGACAUCCACACAUAGUCGCUCAUUAUCCAGGUCUGACAUUUACUGAUCUUUGUAUAGAAAAUAAAUAAGUCAUCAUUUUACAGCUUUUGAACAGGAUGAAAUAGCACAAAAAGCUUUGUUUACCAGUUGAAUAAAUACAUUUGCUCACUCAUACAAAUAUGCUCACACAUUCAUACAGUUUUGCUUUUGUGUGACAUUGUAAUGUCACUGUGCACUGUGUAUUUGGUAGUAAGUCUUUAGAUGAAUACUUCAACAGUUUUAGUGUUUAUUUGCUUUCUCGCUGAGAUGUUAGAAAAUGGACCACUUUUUGUGGUUUUUGUAUGUUAAAUCUGUAGCUGGAGCCAGCAGCUAGUUAGCUUAGGUUAGCAUAAAAUGGUAACAAAAUCCUACUACCGGUACCUCCAAAUCUCGGGUUUUUGUGCAUAUUUAAACAAAACAAAUACAACAUGUUAAUUGGUGAGCUUUUAACAUGCUGGCAACUUUAUUGUACUACUUUUAGGGAGAGUCAGGCUAGCUGUUUCCCCCUGCUUUUAGUCUUUAUGCUAAGCUAAGCUAACAGGAGGCUUCCCCCAGCAUACUGUGCAGACCUGAGACUGGUAUCUUUUAUGAUCUUGAUCUCAUCCAAAUCUCAACAGGAAAGCAAAUUAAGUGCAUUUCCCAAACAUUUCAAACUAUUUCCUUUUACAUUUGAUAAAAACAAAUUACAAUUUAAGGAAACUGAAAUCUUAAACCUCUCAGAUAGUCUGCGCCCAUAUGCCACCAUAUAUUGCAAAGAUCCUUCACUGUGUCACAGCCCAUAUAACCUCAAUGCCGCAUUGUUCCCUGCCAAUAUGUUUGCAUUUCUGUCUCCUCGUGCUGUUGAGAAUCCCCUCUUAAUUCAGUGUGAUCUGUUGUCUUGAGUCUUUUUUUUUUUUUUCCUCUUUUUCGGUGCGAAUGUGUGUAAAAGUUUGUGAUCCCUUGAGACAAAGCUGAUUAUACAUGAGGUGUAGGUGUCUAAAUGGCUUUCUGUGUUUGUACACAUCAUGUUUUUGUUUUUUUUUUUUGUAAACCAUGAUUGCUUCGUCAACAGCUGCCUCAGGAUCCUAGCCUGUGCGUUAGGGGGAGAAACCAUUUUUUAUGUUUUUUUUUCAGCCAUAAGCUGACCAACACGUGGGUGGGCGGGGGAUGACACCAGCAUAUGUAUAUACAUACUAUAUACAGAUAUGACAACCUUUAAAAGUAUAGGAAGGUAAAAGAAGAUUCUCAACUCCUGUAUUUAUUGUUGUAAAUCCUCAUACAGUGCAAACUGGCAAAAUUCUCAAACAUGUUUUAAGUUGUCUAAUAAAGAAAAAAAACCCUAUGUUUAAAUAUUGCAAGUGAUAAUGGUAGAUGAGCAAUAAUUUAAAAAAAAAAAUUCUGUAAUCUUAAUGAAUAAAGAUGUAAAAAUUGUAA